CCGACCCACAAUUGGAGAAACCGAAACAGCCCAGAAAAAACAUGGAUUUAAGUGAAGACGAUCUUGGCUGGGGACAGGGCGAAUUCAGCAACCCUGGCUCAUCACCCGACACCAUCCAGUAUGAUUGGCAAGAUAUUACAGAGGACUUUAUCAAAUCUACCGAGGAACUUAAGCUGGGUGAACUCUUACAUGAUUCUGAUUUUGGUUUAUUUGAAGCCAUGUCUGCUAUUGAAAUGAUGGAUCCUAAGAUGGAUGCAGGUAUGGUGUGCAAUCAAGCUAACAGAAAAGUAUUGAAUUUUGAACAGUCUAUCAAAGCAGGAACUGUGAAAAUCAAAGACUUAACCCCACCACAGAUUAUUGGUAUCAUAGACGCAACAUUAGCAUGUUUGGUAACGUGGUUGGAAGGUCACUCAUUGGCUCAGACUAUAUUUACUAAUUUAUAUCUACAUAAUCCCGAUAUAAUAGAAGACCGAUGCAUCAAGUCGUUCUCAUUAUUUAUUUUGAAAGUAGUCGACAUGGUACGUGAGAAGGUCAAUAGAGCAUCCGUGUUUGAAGAGGAGGAUUUCCAGCCAAUGACAUAUGGUUUUAAGCUAGCCAAUCACCUGUCUGAUAUGAGAGUUGGUGGAAUGCUCAGAGAAGUAGAGGAGGAAUAUUUGAAAAAAAUAAAAAGUACUCGGCUCAGACAAGGUGAAGACAGGGAUGAAAGUACAGAGUUACAACAUCAACAGUUUAUAGCAGUGCAAUCCAGAAUUAAAUUUUGUAGGAUGUUUUAUGGAGCCUUGAUGGCUUUCAACAAAAAAGAGGUGAGACAAGGCUCAGUAGAAGCCAGGAGGUGUGUACAACAAGGGGACCAUCUACUCGCGGGCAUACAGAGUAGUAUCAAGUACGGUAUACAGUCUCCCACAGAUGCCAGUGUUAAUGAUCAUUCAGUGAUUAUGGGAUUUGAACCACUUGUAAACCAACGUCUACUGCCACCGACGUUCCCCAGGUACUGUAAAAUAGUGAGUCGAGAAGAGGCUGUCCAGUAUUUAUCAAAACUGAUGUCCCGACUAAAUCGGAUCUUUGAUAUAGUGGAGUGUACAAAUUUACAUGUUGCCUUUGAUUUCUUCAUAGAGUUUAGUAAACAAAGUCCAUGUGUUUUAUCCAGAUCAUUACUACAAAUGAUAUUCCUGCCACAGAAUAAGAAAAUAUUUGGUUCAGAAUUGAUUCAAGAUUUCAUCCGAGAAGGAAUUAGAAUGUUUUUAUGUCCCCCAGUCUUGCCUAUAUGUGCAUUGUAUCAAAUACAUGGCCAUAACCGAGCAAGGCAGAGGGACAAGUUAGCUCAUAUAUUAGAGGAAUUGGCAAACCUUCAGGAUGAGGCAGAUAAAGUGGAUGCUGCUCUGCAUACUUUACUGAUAAAACAAGAACCACAACGACAGCAUCUGGCAUGUUUUGGUAGUUUUGUAUUGUACCACACAUUACAUGUGAUGAUACUUUACACACUGUCUGGCUUUGAACUUGAACUUUAUGCUCCUCAUGAAUACCACUAUGUAUUUUGGUAUUUGUGUGAGUUUCUCUAUGGUUGGUUGAUAUCUACAUUGACCAGAGCCGAAGGAUUCUUGCUAGAACAAGAUUCAAUAUCGGAGCAGCUGCAAAAAGGAAGAAGCAGCAAGAAGAAGAGUAAAAAGAAGAAGCAGAGACCCCAUGAUAGAGAAAUUGCAACAGCACAAGCACUUCAAAAUUUCUGCAAUGGAUUUUAUAAGGCUAUGGUAGGACUCUCCCUUGCUGACAAAAUUAGGAAACCAAACUCUGAAUGUGAUAAUGAGCAAGUACGAUACGAACAUCGAUUCGCACCAUUUGGCAACGUACUGACGCCACCCCCGGUUCAGUAUCAACAGUUUAUGGAAAUGACUAGCCUCAGUAAAUACAAUCCGCCACUGAGACCCAUAGACUUCUAUAUAUCUUCAUGUAAAUACUUCCAGCAAGCUAAGGGGAUAUUUGAAUCUAUACCAAACCCAAGUGAAGAGGUUUUGAAUCUCAUCAAGGUAGCCAAGACUAACUUUGUAGUGAUGAAGUUGCUCGUGGGUGGACACAAGAUGGACUCUAGUGAAGCUGCCUGUUUUGAUUUCACCAUUCACAAAGUCUUUCCUAUUAUCAAAAUUAACUGAACUCGGUCAUGUUGCUACAAUGCCAGUACUGAACAUUAUUGAUGUGGGUUCGGAAAUUCAUACAGACUAUAGCAUAAAACUUUGAUCUGCAAGUGUAAAAGUUGUAAACUGGGUGUCGCUGCCAAAUUCUUUUUUUUUUUAUAUAUUUAUAUAAGAUAAUUUUUUUUUUGAGUAUAAUAUACCCCUUGACAUGUGCAGUGUACAAUUUCAAUUUACAUGUUGUAACAGAGUCAUUCUUGUAUGCAUCUAUGGUUUUAAUAGGGUCUAUGCUAUCUUUUAUCAAAUCAAUAUGCGCACACCAGUUGUGUACACACAAUGUUCUAUGGUGACAAUGAUGUAGUCUGAUUUUUGCAGCCAUUUUGAAUAUAUGAACUGUGGAAGUCUAUACUUAUCAUAACCCAAAUAUUUAUUCAUCUGAUUUUAAAAUAGUCAUGAUGAUGAACAAUAGUUUUGCAGAAUUUGUAUAUGAAAAUGUUUUUGUAGUGUGCAUUCUUAGUGUGUAUCCACAUGGUGGUUUGCUUGCUACGUUGGCAUGGUUGCAUAUACAGAAACAAGAAAGUGG